AUGAAAGUGCAAGCUUAGGCGAGAAGUGAAAAGAAGAGAAGAGGAAAGUAGACGGCCAUUACUGGGGCAGAUACAGCAGCAUUUAGGUUCUGGAGCAGCAGAUGUGGCCAGAUUCCAGCAUGCUCCGUCUCAGUCUUUGUGUUCUCUUCCUGCCGUUGUGCUGGUCUCUGCCCCUGGCGGGGUGGGUGGAGUCCCCUGGGUAUCCGCGGGGGUACGAGCCUCAUGCCUCGCUCACCUGGUCCCGCUGUGCUCCGCCCGGACACACUCUUGCCCUCACACUCGUCCACCUGGACCUGGAGGAUGGCUACGAGUGUGAGAACGAUGUCCUGAAGGUGUAUGCAGACGGAGGCCUCAUCUCCAGCCUGUGUGGCAGGAUGUCCCUGCAGGAGCUGCGCUCCUCAGUAAACCCCUCUCUCCUGUCCUCCUCUGGCGGCUGCCUCAACAUGUCCUUCAGCGCAGACUACUCCAACACCGAGAGGCACACAGGCUUCAGGGGCUUCUACACCAUACAGGAUUAUGAUGAAUGUGACGAUCCGAACAUCGAGUGCUCACACUUCUGCUAUAACUACAUUGGAGGCUACAUGUGCACCUGUCCACCUGGUUACCUCCUCAACGCAGACAACCACACCUGCACCGUGAGCUGCACUGAGGACCUUUCCGGGUCCCUGCGUGGCCAGGUGACCCCACCGGGCACCCCUGGCCCCUACGCUGAGGACGCUCACUGCUCUUACAGCCUGGCCGUGGAGGAGGGACUGCAGCUGGUGCUCGAAUUCACCGGCCAGUUCGACGUGGAGACCAAACCCAGUGGAGAGUGCGCUGAUGCAGUCAGAAUCAAAACACGUUCUAAGACUUAUGGGCCGUACUGCGGUCGAGUUCCCCCUGACCCCAUCGACACCGGGAGUAGCCAGGUCCAGAUUCUGUUUGACUCAGACGAUGCCGGAACUAACAUGGGCUUCGCGGUCACAUACAAGACUAAAAGGAUGACGUGCCAAGGGGAGGUCACAGCGGACUCCAGUCUCCAACCCAGACGCCAGCAGUACGUGAUGGGGGACACCGUUACUGUGACUUGCGAUGCAGGGACCGCCGUGGACCAGCCCAUAGGUCCUGGCAUUAAAAGUAAUAUGACAUUUGAGAGCAGAUGCCAGAAGAAUGGAGGAUGGAAGCCUGUCUACAACUGUGAAAUGGUAGAGUGUGAGGAGCCAACUCUUCCACAUGCAGUAAAACUGGUGGGACAUUUGUCUAAACAUUACAAGAGUGAACUUCAUUUCGCCUGCAUCUCCAAAUACUACAAACUGGAAAGUGAUGAGGUCUUUACAUGUGAGGCAGACGGACUCUGGAAAUCCAGAACUGGUCAUACCAAAAUGCCGAGAUGUCUUCCAGUUUGUGGAGUGACAGAGGGUCAGAGCAGCAGCAGCAGCAGGAUCCUAGGUGGGAAGAGGGCUAGAUCGGGAGAGAUCCCGUGGCAGCUCCUCAUCAAAGAGCCGAAGAAAGGAGGGGCCUCCCUGAUCAGUGACCAAUGGGCUGUAACUGCCGCUCAUGUGGUGGAUGGAAUCAAAACAAAAACACUGGUAGUACGUGGGGGUAUGAUUGACGCUACCGCCCAAAAUGCGGUCAUCAUGUACACUGAGAAGAUUAUAAUCCACCCUGGCUAUGAGAAAGGCACAUCUGAUGAUAGUCGAACAACAUAUGACAAUGACAUCGCUUUGCUCAAAAUGUCCAGAAAGGUAGAACUCGGUCCGAACCUGAUCCCAAUCUGUUUGCCAGAGAGGGCUGCUGCAAAAGUGGGGGAGAUGAGCACCGUGUCAGGGUAUGGGAUGAGAGAGAAGGUAGAGCAAGCUAGAUUUUUGCAUUAUGCAGACAUAGCAGAAAUAGAGAACGAGAAAUGCAAGGAAACACCACGUAAUAAGAACAACAAUCUUAUACUUUUCACUGAGAACAUGUUCUGUGCAGGAAUGGAAGGCAAGGACAGCUGCGGUGGUGACAGUGGAGGUCCUCUGUUUGUGCCCAGGGUGGGUUCUGGGGCGCCAGAUAAACCCUACAGGCUGAAGGGCAUAGUGUCUUGGGGUGCUUUCUGUCGUGACAAGAACUAUAAGGGAUAUUACACCAAGGUGCAGAACUAUCUGGACUGGAUAAGAGAGACCAUGGAGAAGGAGGGUGAUGAUUAGAAGAGAAAGACUCAAGUCAGACAUCUCAUCAUAUAUUCCGUCAUAUAUUCAGGCAUACAUGCAAUUCACCUUUGGUAUUAAAGGCAAAGUCCUUGAUCAAACGCGUUGUGUAUAAACUCAGCAAAAUUGUAUGUUUGCUCAGAAACAGAACAACUCCAGAGUUUGUGUGCUGUAAAUGGCAAAACAAACAAAGAGACACAGACGAAGUCACUACACCGUUCCAGCUAAAAUACCAGCUCAUCCUCCCUCUAGAGGACAGAAGGCAGAAGUGCACUUGGCUGCACCUGCUCCUCCUAAAGUACAUACUGGUGUGUUUGCCUGCAUCAAGUGCUAUACCUUUAACACAAUUAAAGGCAUUUUCAAAUAAUCAUUUGUGUGUAUUUUAAAACUUGAAAUAUCAAAGUGUUAAAGAUAGAUCUAUCUAUCUAGGUGUUUUAACAACUUUUUAAUAGACACUAUGUAACCAGCCAGCUGCUUUAGCUCUGCGGUAUCUCUGUUAAGUCUGAAUUAUAUUGUAUUGCUUCCACAUGACUGACCCAUGCCAAUAAAUAAAUAUUUCUUGUCA